UGUAGCCGCGGACACACGUAUUCUCGGUCGAGUCUAAUCGACUAUGUAUUGAUAUAGCUACCAAUUGACUGUUUACUAUCAGAGUGACUGUUAUGUCAGAGUGAAGUGUCCUCAGUGAUCUAUAUUAAUAUAAUGAUGAUGGAUCAAGCUCAUUUCGGUGAAUAUCUGCUGAGACAGCAAAUGUUACACGCCGCCUCUCUGGGUGGACUGCAGCCUCGUGUCAGUCUGUCCGCUGAGCCGCCGUCGUGCGAGGGUCGACUCCUCAACGGUGACCUGUGGAGACGGUUCCAUGAUAUUGGUACAGAGAUGAUCAUCACCAAAGGCGGCAGGCGUAUGUUUCCGUCUCUUCGUGUCUCUCUCAGCGGUCUGGAUCCUCGUGAGGAAUACUGCGUCUUAUUGGAGUUAUCGCUUGUGGGAAGACGACGCUGGCGUUGGGCAGGCGGUGCCUGGGCAGCGGCUGGGGGCGCCGAACCCCAGUCCCCUCGGAGACUAAUGCUGCACCCCGACUCUCCUGCCCCUGGUCAUCAUUGGACCGCAAACCCCGUAUCCUUCAGCAAACUCAAACUCACCAAUAAUACCAUGGAUGCCCAGGGACAUAUGGUUCUAACCUCAAUGCACAAGUACCGUCCACGUGUAGUUGUUGUCAGGGCCAGGGACGCCGCCGCCCUUGCCUGGGGAGCGCCUCAUGCCGCCUUCUCAUUCCCGGAGACUGAGUUCAUAGCUGUCACCGCUUACCAGAAUGAUCGAAUAACAAAAUUGAAAAUCGAUAACAAUCCAUUCGCAAAAGGAUUCCGCGCUUGUGGCCAGUCCAAAUGCAAGAGGAAGAAUGUGGAUGGAGACUCGGGCGUAGAAACACAGAACGAGUCUACGGACGCGAAGCGACCCUGUUCAGAUGCUGCUUCAUCAUGUUCUGAAGAAGGAAGUUUAAGGUCUUCGUCGCCUCGAUCGCCCCCUCUGAUAGAUUCACCGACGCCGCUUGUUACGGCCCCAGAAAACACCAGCCCCCCUCCAUUUUAUCCCCCAGAAAUGCCGUACCUAAACCCUUUACACAUGCCAAUACCCUACGGAAUGUGGCCUCCGCCAAAUAUGGCUACAAAUUUCCUAGGAUCUUACUGGAGCGCGUUACCCCCGCCGGCGCCAAGUAUGCCUUCGCCCUCAACUCCACCCGCCCCUUGUCGAAAAUUGAAAAGUUUCACCAUAAGCGCUCUACUUGGGGAGGGUUGAUACAAUUGUAUGUAGAAACACGGGAAAUAUCAGCAAUAUUUACAUUGGUCCUGUAAAUACGUCGUAGUCGUAGAGAUGUUACUACCUUAACCUACCUCCUAGUUUUUAAGAUCAUCUUAUUCUAUAUGUGAUAUAAAGUGCCUUUGCUAUGUUAGAUAUAAUAAUAAUGUAUUCCGUAUCACAAUAAUUAGACAUAGUUCUAGUAUUAAUUUAUGUAAGCGUGUACAUAAUGUACAAAGAAGAAUGUUUUUAUGUACCUAUAAAAGGAAAGUUAAUAAAAAAAAAAUUAAAAUGUCA